CCUUCAUCCCACGGUAUUCAAUCUUGCACUUGAAUGAUUGAACAUGAAUAAUCACGCACCAUGGCAGACUACGGGAGAUCAUUUGAUGAUCAAGUCUGCAUAGGUAUAUGGAGCUAUGCUAGAUAAAGUGGGUCAAGGCGGUGAGGAGCUGCAUAGCAGUGGUGGCAGAAUCACUAUCGUGACCAUGCUAUGCCUUGAAGCUGCAGCUAACUCGUUCGCAAAGCUCCUUGGGAAACGCCCCGCGCUGACAAAGAGCUCCGAUGCCACUGAUCGGCGAAUUUUCCUAAGUCUCAAAGCUUUUCAGGUCCAACUUGAAGUUUGCUUCCUCAAUUGUCGCAGCCAACCUGGACUUCCAUUCUCUUCUUACCACUCUCUAAGCUCAUCAACGUAUCGAAGCUAUUCCAAAAGUAUGGGAGCUCCGACAGCAGUCCAGACGAGUCGACGGAACCAGACCGGCUAUCUGCCAAUCGAGAAUUAUGGUUUGAUUGGGAAUAUGCGCACCUGCGCUCUCGUAGGCAUCGAUGGAAGUGUUGAUUUCAUGUGCUGGCCCGACUUCGAUUCUCCGUCCAUCUUCUGCAGACUUCUGGACAAAGAUAAAGGGGGUUACUUUAGCAUCAGCCCUCCUGCGGACAAAACCUAUACCACGAAACAGCAAUACCUUCCUUCCUCCAACAUCCUACAAACGAGAUACAUCCAUGAAGAUGGAGUGGUUGAUCUGGUGGAUUUCUUUCCACGGCCAAAAGACAGCCGUGUCGUGAUGAAAGCUCCCAAACAGAUGCCAUUCAGAGAGGCUAUUACUGUCCAGGACGAGUUGAAGAAAUGGCUGGUCAGGAGAGUUGAAUGCAUUCGUGGUGAGGUUGAUCUUGAGGUCGAGAUCUUCCCAGCAUUCGAUUACGCUCGAGGCAAGCACACAACCAAGAUUCUACUCCCUGAGCACCCUCCAGGAUGCCUCGACAGUAAGACUGUGAGUUUCCAGGGCGGAGAGAUCAACCUGCAACUCGAUGUUACGAUUGAUCACGGUGAAGAACAUGCAGCUUCUUGUCCAGCAGUCACUUUCCGCAAAGAGAAGAAGCCCAAGAUGCUUGGAGAAGGCGUUGUGGCACAUAUACAUUUGUUAGAAGGUCAAGCUAUAUCCUUCGUUCUAAGAGAUGACAUCCCAAAUCAUGUCACCAGAGACGUCACCACUGAAGUUCUUGAUAGCCAGCAGCAUGAUACGCAAACCUUCUGGUUCAACUGGAUUUCCAAGAGCAAAUACAAGGGUCGCUGGCGAGAGAUUGUCAACAGAAGCUUACUGAUCCUGAAGCUUCUUACGUACGAACCGACCGGUGCCAUCAUAGCUGCACCAACAUUUUCUAUUCCAGAAGACAUUGGAGGUGUGAGGAACUGGGACUACCGAUUCUGCUGGGUCCGCGAUUCAAGCUUCACCAUCUACAUUCUGCUUCGAAUGGGAUUCGUCGAAGAAGCCGAUGCUUACAUGGACUUCAUCAGCGAGAGAUUCAGGAAAUCCAGGUCUGCUGAAGGUGCCCUUCCAAUUAUGUUCACCAUUCGUGGAGAGACGGACAUCCCAGAAAUUGAGUUUGACCAUCUUUCCGGAUACCGCGACAGCAAACCUGUCCGCAUCGGUAAUGGUGCCGCUUUCCACUUGCAAUUCGACAUCUACGGAGAGCUUAUGGAUGGGAUAUACUUGUAUAACAAGUAUGGCAAACCCGUUACCUGGGAGCAAUGGGUGGCCAUCAGGGAGAUUUUGGACUAUGUUAUGACGAUCUGGAAGGAGCCCGAUAUGUCUAUCUGGGAGGUUCGAAGUAGAAAACAAAACUACACGUAUUCCAAGAUCAUGCUCUGGGUUGCUUUUGAUCGGGGGCUUCGCUUGGCUGAGAAAAGAUGUCUGCCGUGUCCAAAUCGUGAGAAGUGGUUGGCUAUUCGGGAUACAAUCUACGAGGACAUUAUGGAGAAAGGCUAUAGUCAUGACAUCCGCUGCUUCAUCCAGAGCUACGAGAGUGGUGAUCGCCUUGACUCCUCAAUUCUGAUUGCUCCCUUGGUGUUCUUCAUCUCACCAAAUGACCCACGAUUCUUACGAACAAUGGAUCGCAUUUUGUUGCCACCUGAGAAAGGUGGCCUCACUUCAACCGGUUUGGUCUACCGCUACGAUACUGAGCUCUCUGAAGAUGGUGUUGGGGGCCGUGAAGGCGCUUUCAGCAUGUGCACUUUCUGGCUCGUUGAAGCCAUGACUCGGGCAGGUGUUUAUGACAAGAAAUAUCUCCCCCGUGCCAUUAACAUCUUCGAGAACAUGUUGAGCUUCUCCAACCACUUGGGAAUGUUUUCAGAAGAGAUCUCCAGAUCUGGCGAGCAGUUGGGCAACACUCCUCAAGCUUUUAGUCAUCUUGCUCUGAUUAGUGCUGCGUUCAAUCUUGAUCGUGCUACUGAGUUUAAGCGCUGAAGGAUACUGUUGGAUAAAGUUGGUAGAUGGAACGAUGAACGAUGAAUCAUGAUAUUAUGGAGUAACGAUUAUUCGGAAAACAGUGAGGUACUGAGGUUCUUUAACGUGGGAUGAAAAGGGAGUUGGUGGGGUGUAGCGAUCAGUGCUACUGUAGGCGUCGGUCUUUGUCGGGUGGUUUGUGGGAAGUGCUUCUAUGGUUUUAGUAACAUACCUUCCAGCAAUACUAGACUUUCGUUUAUCCAGA